UAGCUGACGGUUACUAGAGAUUGGGCCGGUGUGCCGGCAACAACAUCAGGAAUGCCACGUCAGUGGUUCAAGUUUCAAUUAACAUCGGGAAUCCUGAGGGCUAGUAGCCACAAGUUGGUAUCUGAAGACAGAAAAGAUUAGCAGAAACUUGAGUCCACUGUUGGAAAUUUUUUCGUUUCUUUCAGUAGUUAGAGUAGCGAUCCCAACAAUAAAAGUAGAAUGAUGGCCGAGGGAACAUGGAGCAACUGGCUUCAACGUUGCCGAGAAUCUCGGAAGCUCGUUUUAGUGAUAGUAGCAAUUGCACUCCUUCUAGACAAUAUGUUACUCACUACUGUUGUUCCGAUAAUUCCGGAAUUUCUCUACGACAUCAAACAUCCAAAUGCAACGUUAAGUGAACAUCUUGAAGGAGGACAUCAUGUAACUAAUCCAACAACGAUGAUUCCUAUUAUUAAAACGACUCCAUUUACUCCAGCUAAAUGCACAUGUCCUUCAUCUAAUGUUUCUGAUAACAGUCCACUAGAAUUUCUUCAAGCGACAAAAAAUCCUACAUCUGUCAGUGCACUUGGUCUAACGGUGAAUACAUCAAGUGUUAAUAUUACAACCAAAGAAGAGCUUGAAAGACUCCAGAGACAUCAUGAACUAUUGGAAGAGACUACAGCAGUAGGCAUCAUGUUUGCUUCGAAAGCAUUUGUUCAAUUACUGGCAAAUCCUAUUGUAGGACCUCUGACACAUAAAAUUGGUUAUAGUGUUCCUAUGUUUGCUGGUUUCAUUAUUAUGUUUAUAUCAACUCUCAUCUUCGCAUUUGGUCGAAGCUAUAGUAUUUUAUUUUUGGCCCGGGCUCUACAAGGUGUUGGUUCAUCGUGUUCUACAGUUUCUGGCAUGGGAAUGUUAGCUGAUCGAUAUCAAGAUGAUAAAGAACGUGGUAAUGCAAUGGGUAUUGCAUUGGGAGGACUGGCUUUAGGGGUUUUAAUAGGGCCACCUUUUGGAGGGUUGAUGUAUGAAUUUGUUGGCAAAUCAGCUCCAUUCCUGGUUUUAUCAGUAUUAGCUCUUGGCGAUGGAUUAUUACAAUUGUUAAUGUUACAACCAUCCGUUGUUUACACUGAAACAACAUCACCAUCGCUAAAAGCUUUGAUUUCGGAUCCUUACAUCAUUAUAGCUGCAGGUGCUAUCACAUUUGCUAAUAUGGGGAUCGCUAUGUUGGAACCAAGUCUACCCAUUUGGAUGAUGGAUACUAUGGGAGCUAGUCGAUGGAAACAAGGUGCUACUUUUUUGCCUGCCAGUAUUAGUUAUCUGAUCGGAACAAAUCUCUUCGGUCCACUUGGACAUCGAAUGGGAAGAUGGUUAGCAUCAUUAAUUGGGUUACUCGUGAUUGGAGUAUGUUUAAUGAGUAUACCGUUAGCCACAAGUAUUAAUCAUCUUAUCAUUCCAAACGCCGGAUUAGGUUUUGCGAUUGGUAUGGUUGACAGUUCAAUGAUGCCCGAGUUAGGCUAUUUAGUUGAUAUAAGGCAUACAGCGGUUUAUGGAAGUGUAUAUGCCAUUGGAGAUGUUGCGUUUUGUUUGGGUUUUGUUAUUGGUCCUGCAUUAAGCGGAACGUUAGUCAACAGUAUUGGAUUUGCAUGGAUGUUAUUUGGAACUGCAAUUUUGUGCUUCAUUUACGCUCCUCUCAUGUAUCUACUCAAAUCACCUCCUACAAAAGAAGAAAAAAAGUCCCUUAUUAUUGGGGAGAAGUCAUCAGUUCGGUACGUUACUUAUGAAAAUGAGGAAGAUGAACCGUAGGAAUCAUUUUUUGUUUCCAAUAUAUUCGAUCACCACUAGAUGAAAAAUUAAGUAGAUGUAUUUAGAACCUUUAGUAUAUAUAUUCAAAAUUCUUUAAAUUCAAAGAAACUUUUAAUAAGUUUCUAUGUUGAAUAAUGUUUAUUCAUUUAUAUAAAUGAAUGGAUAUUUGAGAUUAAUCAUCAAAAAUAUUAGAUAUAUUGUUUAAUAAAUUAAUGUCCGGAAUUCCAUCUCUUGAGGCUUAAAAAAAAUUACCAAUGACAAUUGUUCUGUUUUGUAGAUAGAAAUAUUGUAUGGUCAUAUUAAUUAAUUUUAUUCAUAGGAAUAUUCUGAAAGUAUUUUUGUUGAAAAAUAUGCAUGAUGCAUGUUACAAGCUACGUGUACCACUUGUAAUAUAAUUGAUUGAAAGAAAAUGAACUUAAUAGUUACAUUAAAAUAUCUAUACUAGAUCGACAACAACGACCAAAGUGGAGAUAGACGUGAGGAUAACUUUUGUUACUCAACAAGUGAAUUAUUUAUCAUUGGAAAUAUUUAAACUAUUUCUGUUAUGCUUUAUUAAAAAAAAAAUAAUGUUGUACAUUAAAACUAUGGAUUUAAUAUUGAAACUACUUAUGUUUUUUAGACAUCAUUUUACUAAAAUUAAUUUACUUCAAUAUUUAUAAUAUUGGAAUAGUAUAAAUAUUUAUUAAAAAUCGAAAGAAGAAAAGAUAAUGGACAAUAGCGUUAUUUAAAUGAUUAUAUAAAGUUACAAAAAGUGUACAAUUAAAUAAUGAUGAAUUUCGGAUGCAGAAAAGUAUUUAAAUUGUUUGAUAUUAGGUAUAAUAGUCAUGAUGAUGUGUGGACAUAAUUAAUAGUGAAUGUUAAUUUUAUUGAAAGUAGUAGAAUUUUUUCCUCAAAAUUUUAUGAACAAAAUUUUCAAUUCGGAGAGCCCCCUAGAAAGAAUUUUCUGAAUGGCUGCAGAGAAUUCGUAAUGUAAAGAAAAGCUAGGGAUGAUGAAGAGCUUUCCAAACUUUUGGCAUUUAAAGUCUUAAAAUUUCGAAGAUUCGAAUUAUAUAAUGAAGGAACAGAAUGUUCAUAAAAAUUGUACUACUUUCAAUAAUAUAUUUGAAUGUGAUAAUGGAAUAAUUAUUUUUCCAAGAGAUGGUAAAAAAUGUUGAAAGAAUAUCACACAGUGUAGUCAGAAUGAGAUGUUUAUCAAUGUUUCGCGAUUAAAGUGAAAUAAUAAAACGGUUAAACAUAAUGAAUUCGCGGUUGAAAUCUACUACAUGAGUGUUUAGUAGUUUAUUGUUAAGAAAAAAAAAUGAUCAAAAAUGGAACCGUAAAUAGAAAAUUCGUAGAAGCAAUACAAAGUUCAUUAUUCAUAUAUAAUUGAUCUUCAGAUGCUUCGACCAACUAUAUUAAGAAAAUUUGAAAUUUUGUUCUGGAUGUUUAUGAAUCUUAAAUGUCUAUUUCAAAGAUACUUAUAUCAUAGAAGUAAACGAUUCACAAAUCAACAAAAAAUAUUUAUAAAAUACUGUCGUUGUUACUGUCAUGUAUUUAUUGAAUAGGAAAAAUAUAGUAAAAAUCUCAAGAUAUCGCGUUCAGAUCCUAAAUUAUACGAAUUAAAAACUUUUGAAGAAUGUUGAUGCGCAAAACGAGGUCUGGCUUUUACCCUUUACAUAUUAAAGCGGGUUGAUUAUAGGCAUGAGUAAAAUUUUGAUGGUUAAACUAUUUAUUCGUAGGUUUAAUCUAAGUGUUUGAUGGAAAAAAUCAUAUAUUAAAUAUCGCCGUAUUAGGUGUUAUUUAAAAUAUUAAUAGAAAUUAAUGGUGUUUACUGUUUCAAUGUUUUAGGAAUAGAAUAUAGCAGGUUCCAUUAAAAAUAUUUAGGAAGAAACUAUAUAAUCUUUACAUAGUUUAAUAUCAGAUUUUUAUCGCGAAUUUUAGGCUUCCAGAGGCCUACUCCUUAUGAAUAAGACGAGUCAAUUUGAAAAAAAUUAUCGAAUUACUAAUUAUUCGAUAUUAAUGGAUUUAAUGAGAUUUUGAUAAACAUCUACGGUACAUUGUGUGAUAUAAGUUGAAGGGUUGAAAUGAUUCAUCAGAACAGACUUUGAAAUAGUAUAAGAAAUUUCCUUAAAAGGACUCUUAGAUGAUAGAUUAUACAUAAUUGUCAUAGCAAACCUAUAUUUAUAUCAAUGUUCGCAGUUGUAUUUGAUAAGUACAAGUGUUUGUUUCAAUCAGCAAAUAUUGUAAUCAGUAAUCAGUUUUUAAUUUCUUUAUUUCAUAUUCUAUCAUAUUUUCUAUUCAUGUAUAUGUGAUGAUUUGAAUUUUAUUUACACUUGUAUAUCGAUACAAAGAGCGAGCAAAUACUGGAAAACUGUUGUUUUACCUCAAUCAGCAUCGCCAUAUGCCGAUGUAUGUUUGAAUUGCCAAUGCAAUCACAGAAUGUAAAAACAUAAAGAAGUAUAUUUAUAAAUUAUAUUAUGAAUUAACGUAUUGAUGAUAAAUGCGAAUAACAACGAAAACUAUUAUUAUGUUUACAAUAAUUAUCUUAUGAUAUGAAAAAAACUUCUGAUAAAAAACAAAUAAAAAAUAUUAGGUUUAAUUAAGAACAUCAAAUCAUUGAUGCAAUACAAAGAAAAAUUUGUUUUUUAAACGCAUGUAUUAAUUCUCGAGCUGCUAUUGUGAACAGACAAUAAGCAAUGACAAAGAGCUCAACUCCCGGAAUCUAAUGGAUUGGAGUCUAGAGUUUUAUUUCUUUUUUAAUAUUGAAUAUAUAUUAAUUGAAAAUAUUUCACCUCAUAAGAAUUUUUUCCUCUCGUCAUUCGUCCACAUUGGCGUUAAUAUUUUUAGUGAAAUUAUUCAUAAUUUCAUUAGAUAACAUAAUAUCACAAUAGGUGAUAAUUUUCUUAAAAUAGAUUAUAAAUCUGUCACUUCAAGUACUGUUUUAAAUUUUUAUCAACAGGUUUUUGCUAUACAUUAUUAAGUAUUGAUAACAAAAAAAAUUUAUGUAUUACGUUCUUACAUACAAAAAAGAAUUAAAAAGUUAAGAAUAAGAAUUUCAAAAAUACAUAUGUAUUGUAUUUAAAUCAAUGAGCUGGUGUAUGGGUCCGACAUUUAUCUGUUUUAAAGGAGAACAGCGAGAGAAAGAUGCAAUAAAAAUCUUUCCGCAAAUUUCUAUAUCUCACAAUGAGUAUUAAGUUUCAUUGAACAGUAAAAUAUUAUUUCUAUAAAUAUUAUUGUAUUAAUAAAAUUUUCACGUAUAUCAAGAAAUCGUAUCUGUAUUUACAAUAAGCG